UCUUAUUUUCAUUAGAAUGGAAACCCUCAAAAUCCAUACUGCCACGGAAUCGAUGGUGUAAUGGAGGCAUAUUACAGGAGUCUAAAAUCUGUACAGCUUUAUGGACCAACAAACUUUGCCCCUGUAAUUAAUCAUGUAGCCAGAUACGCUGCUUCAGUAAAAGAUGGCUCCCAGUAUUUUGUUCUUCUCAUUAUUACAGAUGGGGUUAUUUCCGAUAUGGCUCAGACAAAAGAAUCCAUAGUGAAUGCUUCAAAGCUUCCAAUGUCAAUAAUUAUAGUGGGGGUAGGACCAGCAGAGUUUGAUGCUAUGGAAGAACUGGAUGGUGAUGUAGUGAGGAUUUCUUCAAGAGGAAAGUUUGCAGAAAGAGACAUUGUGCAGUUUGUGCCAUUCCGAGAUUACAUUGACAGAAGUGGAAACCACGUGUUAAGCAUGGCAAGGCUUGCUAAAGAUGUUUUAGCUGAGAUCCCAGAGCAGUUUCUAUCCUACAUGAGAGUCAGAGGAAUAAAGCCAUCACCUGCACCACCACCCUAUACACCCCCGAUUCAUGUGUUGCAGACUCAGAUAUGACUGCUCCAAAGUGCUUAGCAUUUAUCACCAGUCAAGAGUCUCUGGAUGCAGCAGUAGCUUCUGAUAACUUUUUGGAGCUAGAAAAAUUCUCUUCACAUACCAAAAUUUGCCUAUGGUUGCAUGAGCAACUGGAAAGCUUUUCAAUGCUAGGAGCAAAAUGUUGUUGUUCUCUCUGAGUCUUUUUUUUUUUUUUUUUUUGGACAAAAAACCCUACUUUUUUGAUGUAAUUAUUGGAGGGGAAAGCACAAGUCAGGAUUUCAACUCAGAAGAUACUGUCCUCCCUGAAUACUGUGUGUAUAUAAAUGUAUAGGAAUGCUAUUACUCUGUAUCAAUGUUUACAUGUUACUAUUUUUAAAUUUCAGUACUUUUAUAACUAUUCUUAAGAAUAAAAGUUUGGAAUAUUGACUCACAUCUUCUAGCUUGCAAUAGUUUGUCACAAGAUAACAAGAGAAGCAAUAUCUCUUUGAAUGUUUGUCCAGACAAAUACAAAUGAAAGCUAAGGACAAAUAUAUAUAUAUUUUCCAAUACCUGAACUGCUUCAAUCAGUGCUCAGUAAUCCAUUUAUCUCACAGUUUGAGAAUAAACUCCUAAAAUGUGAAUAACAUAAUUGCAU